AAUCGAUGAAUCUGUCGUUUUCUGUCACUCUCUUCCAUAUUUCCCUCCAAUCUUUGAUGAAUUUCUGAACAUAAACCCUAGCUCCCCCGCCCACAUCUCCGCCGUCUCUCCGUCGUUCACCUCCGGCCAGGAUUGAAAAUGUUUGACGACGGUUUCCCGGCAUCCAAACUCUUCAGCCAAGGCUAUUCCUACACCUAUGAUGACGUUAUCUUCCUCCCUCACUACAUUGAUUUCCCCACCGAUGCUGUCUCUCUGGCCACCAACCUCUCCCGCAACGUCCGUCUCUCCAUCCCUUGUGUAGCCUCCCCCAUGGAUACUGUGUCCGAGGCUCACAUGGCAGCCGCCAUGGCUGCGCUCGGCGGUAUCGCUUUCGUUCAUUCCAACUGCUCUGCUACCCAGCAGGCAUCUAUUAUCCGGUCCGCCAAGUCGCUCCGUGUCCCCAUAGCUCCCACCGUCGGAUUUGUUGGUCCUGAUGCUGCCGGGGGUUUUGGUCCUGCUGACGGGAAGUAUGUUUUCGUCACAGAGUCAGGAACUCUACCGUCAAGGAUGUUGGGAUAUAUAGCUAAAUCUGACUGGGAGGAUUUGCAGGACAAAGACGUGAAAAUCUUUGAUUACAUGCGUGAUUGUAAGACUGUGGAGAAUGUUCCUUGGAAUUACGAUUUGGGGGAAAUUGAGGCGGUUUUGGAGGAUAGGAAGAGUGAUUUUGUGGUUCUGGAAAGGGAUGGUGAGGUGGUGAAUGUGGUGACUAAGGAUGAUUUGGAGAGGCUAAAAGGGUAUCCAAAGCUGGGGGUGGGAACGGUGGGGUCUGAUGGGGAGUGGAUGGUUGGGGCAGCCAUUGGGACAAGGGAUUCAGACAAGGAGAGGUUGAAGCACUUGGUUAAGGCAGGGGUGAAUGUAGUGGUAAUAGAUAGUUCUCAGGGGAAUUCUAUUUAUCAGAUUGAGAUGAUCAAGUACAUUAAAAAGACAUAUCCUGAGUUAGAUGUGAUUGGUGGGAAUGUGGUGACAGUGUAUCAAGCAGAGAAUUUGAUCAAGGCUGGUGUUGAUGGGUUGAGAGUAGGGAUGGGAUCUGGGUCUAUCUGCACCACGCAAGAGGUCUGUGCUGUUGGGAGAGGACAGGCAACUGCUGUUUACAAAGUGUCAUCUAUUGCUUCAAAAUAUGGUGUGCCUGUGAUUGCUGAUGGUGGCAUUUCCAACUCUGGGCACAUUGUGAAAGCUUUGACCCUUGGGGCCUCAACCGUAAUGAUGGGAAGCUUCUUGGCUGGAAGUACUGAGGCUCCUGGAGCAUAUGAGUAUCAGAAUUGUUGUCGUGUCAAAAAAUAUCGUGGCAUGGGCUCUUUAGAAGCAAUGACUAAGGGGAGUGAUGCAAGAUACUUAGGUGAUACUGCUAAGCUGAAGAUUGCUCAGGGAGUUGUUGGAGCAGUAGCAGAUAAAGGUUCCGUCCUGAAGUUUAUUCCUUAUACAAUGCAAGCAGUCAAGCAAGGUUUCCAGGAUCUUGGUGCUUCCUCUCUGCACUCUGCACAUGAGCUCCUGUAUUCAAGCACGCUGAGGCUAGAGGUCCGCACUGGUGCAGCACAAGUUGAAGGUGGAGUCCAUGGACUGGUUUCAUAUGAAAAGAAGUACUUUUGAUCUUCCAAUUUUAAAGCAUUCUAUGCUUCUGGUGGCUGCUGCAUUUGGAAUUCAUGCAUUUUUCAAGCAACAUAAAUGGUAUUUAGAAGUUGCAUUCCCUUCUAGAAAUAUGCAUGCAAUCAGGGGAACUGGGGAUGAUUGCGAAAGUUGCAAAUCCAUUAUCGGUGUGUGGAAGUGAUUGGUAUUUUCUCCCAUGCGUUGAAGUUUCCCUGUUCGGUUGUCACUAGAGAAGGGCAUCUCUCUCUUGAAUAAUAGAUUCCAUGUUUGUGAAUCAGUAUUUGAUGAAUGGUGAACAGACUGAGGGAAUUCUUAACUUUAUGGUUGAUGUUUCCAAAUCAUAAUAAUAAGUUCCAAACCAUAAUAAACUUUAGGUUAAAUGUUAAAUUUGGUCCCUCAACUUUAGUGAGUUGCACAUUUUUGGUCCCUUAACAAUUUUUUGUACUUUUUUGAUCCCUUAACUAUACGAAAUGCACUCUGUUAGUUU